UUGUUUGGCUAAAGAUGGCGUUAGCGGCUAACACAGGCGAUUGCAUUUUGUUUAACCAAAAUUAGUCGACCAGUGGUGACAAAACAUUGAUCAAAUAUAGCUUUAAUCCGUCAUUUGAUGUUUAAAAAUACGUUACAUUGAGAUAAUACACGUCCAUCACGUAGAAUAACGCUUGUUCGGCCUUCUCACGAUGUAGGCCUGUUUUUUUAGGGAGUGGACCGAAGCUGUUGGAACUCCAACUCCCGUCGGCGAGUGCGGCGUCAGGUGGUACAACUUUUCCUUUUCCAUGGUAACUGUAGUUUUCUGAGCGCACCAGGCUGUUGUUUUUGUGGAAACUUUGAAAAAUAUGAAUGAACUCAUUAAGAGCACAAAUUCACCAGUUAAGUGAACGAGCUAACAGUUUAAAGUGAAAGGACAUGCUAUUUAAUUUCUCCGUAUUUCACUGGAAGCGUCCAGUGAGGCUGCACAUUGUGUAUUAUAUCUGUCUAAACUGAGAGGAGGAAAAUUAGGGUAAUUGAACCCGGUGCCUGCUAGGCAGAGGAACCAUGGCUGCAUCACCUGUGCAAGGUGACCGGAAACAAUUUCGAGCACCCACCAGAGAAGGGCACCCAUCAUCAUCAGAGCCCUCUUUGACCUGGUGCUUAGCUCACCUCUCCAAACCCCGAUCAGGGGCUGAACAUCACGGGCAUGGCAAGGCUGACUCAGGCGGUGGCAGAGAAGGGGACAAGAGGUCCAGAAUGUCUCAGUGGCGAGCCCUGGUUGCCAUCCGGACCCAGCACAUCAAGGGUGACAAGGCUGGCAUUGCCCGAUUCAGAACUCAAGGUGGUCUCCGGCCCCUGCUGGAGCUACUCAAACACCCAGAGUGCUCUAGGAAAACCCUGGACCUGGCUCUUAGCAUCCUGGCAAACUGCUGCACUGAGCUGGAGACACGCAUAGAGGUCCGUAAACUUGAUGGAAUAAAUAUUUGGAGAUCCUGAAGGAAAAUAUGGCCCUGGAGACGGUCCAGAACCGAGCAGCCAGGGCUUUGGGAAACUUGGCCAUGGAUCCAGAGAGCUCUGCACUCAUCCACUCUGCUGGUGGUGUUCCUCUUCUCCUCCUUUGUGUGUCUCUUUCUUCUGGCCCGUCUUCCCCUACUGCUGCUCCACCCAAAGAGUCCUGUCCUAAACUGGAGUGCGCUCAGUCGGCUGCCCGGGCUCUCCUUUACCUCUCAGAUACACCUUCUAACCGCCUGUCACUGCUCACCCAGGGGACCUUAUCCUCUCUCGCCCCUCUCAUUGCUCCAGAAUAUCCCCAGGGGCUGAGGCGGGCGGCACUCAGGACCCUCCACGAGCUUACCCGGGGCUGUGGUGUUGAAUGCGCCAGGGAGGUGUCCCGUUCUGGAGUCCUCGCUCAGCUUGGUGUCAUGGCAUCUGGGGAGUCUGGUAAACCUUUUGAGGAGCUGGCACUGAAGACCCUGGCCAACUUGUGCUCCCAGGGCUGCCUGCGCCCCCUUGUGGGGUCACUGGGGGUUAUACAGAAGUUCACUGAGGAGGUCAAGAGGGACCCACUGAAGUCUGGAGUCUUCCUCAAGGCACUGUGAUUGUGCUGCAAGGAGGCGGUCAACCGGGCCAAGGUGAAAGAGAGUGGUGGAUUGGAGGUGCUAAUUGGCUUUCUGGCCGCCCAUCAGAGUCACCCCCUCUCCCGACUCGUCAUCCUGGCCUGUGUGGACUUUGUUUUUGAUGAAUCUGCUAUGGAGCAGCUUCAGGAGUUAGGGCUGGUCCCUCUGCUUGUUGCUCGACUGGUUGAGCUCACCAGAGGCGAGGAACAAUCUGCUGAGAAGAUGGACGUGAGCCUCUCCUCCAGCAUUUCUCCCACGGAGCUCCUGCCCUCCUCAUGUUUUGACUCUUUUGACUUUCCUCCUCCUCCUGAGAGCUGCAAGAGGCAGGAAGCCGAAAAGGAGCAAGGUCUAUGUUCAUCAAGCUUUUUAAGUCUCAGGUCCUGGUUGGUGUCUGAGGGAUUGAUCUCUUCAGAGGGGGACCUGCUGAAUUCCUCUGGUGUUGAAGGGGAAUGGGGAAGUCUUCAGAUCCCACCGUCUUCGUCCCCUCAAACACCCUCCCCAAACCCUGAUUCCCUUUCCUCUCCUAAAAACUCUUCCCCAUUCAACCCUACUACCUCUUCCUCUUCUAAAAAAGCUGCUCAGCCUUCACUUAUUACCUCUUCGGCACAGCCCCAGCUAUCAUCCUCAUGUAAAAUCCCUGAUCCUCCUCCAUCUAGUCCUCAACCUGCAGUUGCUUCUACACCCCAAACCCAGCCCAGUUCUAACACUAUCUCCUCUCCCACGAAAACAGCCCAAACACCAGUCUCUCCAUCAAAGUUCUCAUCCCCUCACAAAAGGAGGCCGCGUCCUCAUUCAUCAGCUUCUUUGACUAAAGUUAUUCUUGAUACCCCUCCCUCUGUGCCCCGCACAAUGGCCUACCACCACCCAUACCACCCCGAACCCUGGACGCCAGAGUCACCCAUCCUGCUGCUGCUGUCACGCUUUUCCCACGCCACCGACCCAAGUGCUGCUCUGGUCAGCGCAGGCGUCAUGUCCGGCUUGCUCUACUACCUCACCCAGCACCAGGACCCCAGCAGCAGGUGCUUCCGUAUGCUUUGCCGGCUGAGCUGUAACCCAAACUGUUUGCAGGCGCUGGUCCGAACUGGCUCAGUUGCGCUGAUUCGUCACCAUCUCUGCCAGAGAGGGGGAAGAUUUGAGGGAGAGGAGAGGCAGACGGGCCGAGUGAAAGCCAAAGUUAAACAGCUUGGUUCUGCUCUUCUCAAUAAUCUGCGUAUCCAGUGUGAGUCUGGAUUUGGCUCUGGAGUUGUUGCCCAUGUGAUGCUGUCAGGAUCUGAGACCGACAAGGUGAACUGUGCGCUGUCUCUGCCAUUAAUCUGCAGCAACAAGUCCCUGUUAAAGAAACUUCUUCUGGACAGCGGCGGACUCCUCCUGGCUCUGCAGCCUCUUGGUUGCGAUGACGAUGAUGUGGAUGAAGACCAGCCUACUGAAUGUGGGAAGUUGCUUUCUGAUUGGUUUAAUUCACCACAUUCAGGCCUGACUUCACAGCUCCACUCACUAUUCUCCUCCCUCCUUAUUGGAUGCCUGUCUACUCUGACUGGUGGCAUCAAAAUGGAGCUUAACAAAAAACAUCUAAAUCCAGUAACGACGCAGUCAGUAGAAAAAAUUGACCCAGUUUCACCUCCUCCCUCAAAAAGGCCUCGCCUGGCCGACACCUGUCCUUAUGGCGUCUCGAACUUUGACCUCCUCUUGCUGCUGGACGACGGGACUCAGGUCCGAGCCAACAGGGAGGCUGUGACUGGGGUGGAGGGGACAGACGGAGUCACCUCUGAAUACUUUUGGGCUCUGUUGAGAGGCGGAUUUGGAGAAGCUCUGGGUAAUGCAGGUGAAGCCAUCCAAAUUAAAGAUGUCAGCACAGGUAUGCUGCUACCAGUGCUGCAUUACCUGCAUGGAUGUCGCUUCACACAGGACACAAAAACAACAAGGGAAAGUGAUGAGGGACAGAGUAGAGGACAGUGUCAGGUCUUGGACAAAUUGGUCUUUGAUGGACUGGGGAUCUGCCAAAAAGAGACAGAGGAGUGCUCAACAGAUGACUUUGCUUUCCAGAAAUCAGCUCUGGGCGAGAUGAUGAUUGGGGCAUGCAGAUUUUUGGUGACUGAGCUUAAGAAAGAGCUGGAGGAUCUGUGUGUGUCUCUUCUCCUGUCCUGUUCCACCAAGGCUGCCCCCACAGUGGACAAGGUGGAAAAGGCUGCAUCUAAAAUGGAUCAAGAAUGCGUUGAGUCUGCCGAGGAGAACCUGGCUAAUCGAACAUCGGAGUUAGAGUUGACUGGCUUUGAGGUGCAAACAGAAAAUUUACCAGGACAGACAAAGAAACCAAACAGUUUCCCACACCCAACGGACAGUAAUAAAACCUGCUCAGCUGGAACAAUUCAAAAGGCCAGCAGAGCACUCAAUACGACUUUCAACCAAAAGACAAUCAAAAGCAUCACCCCGGUUUCCAAAUCAAGCUGUGUGUCAGUGGUGGACAAAUCAUGUGACCUGGAAGUUAUAAGGUUAAGACCAAAGAACUUGAUGAAAAGUUCAGCACAGGGUCUAAAAUCAGCAACUCAGGACUCCCUCUCUUCCUCAGAAGCCAGCGCAGGAGACAACACACACCUGUUUGCUCUCCUCCCCCAGGUAUACUGGUUUUCUCAGCGCUACAGCUACCCAGCACUGGGUCGGGCCUGCCUGUCUCUACUGCUGGGCUUUCAGGACUGUCCUCAGCCCUUCUUGUCCUCUGCCCUUGCUGGGGAUUGCCUUCGCAGACUUGCCAGAGAGGCGGACUGUACAGAGACUCUAAAGCAGGAUCUACUAAGUCUGGCCACAGUAGCUCUGAGCUGAACUAGGGGCGGAAACGUUGAGUGUAGUAGACUAUGGCAUGAAUUCAGAGGGCACAGAUUUCAGUGAGAGUAAACUUUGGGACUUGCUUUAUGCUUCUAGAGUUGCCAUUGUAUAAUGUAUGGAAAGUUCAAGUGCAGGUUACGACAACAGCACGAUUACCUAAAAAACAACAACUGCUUUAUGAAGUUCUCUAGCACUAACAGGACUGACUGUUGAUUUAUUUUCAUAAACUGGAAGCAUAAAUUACAAUUUAGUUUUGAUGUAAUCUGAUAUAAACUGUAGCCGUCCCAGCAUGACAUAAUUGUAUUAUAAUUUACUGACAUUUGUAUUGUGAUUUUUUUUUUUUUUCCUGAAAAAAUUCAAAGAAAGUGUCCGCUAUCAUUUGAUAAAUGUCAUUUAGCUGGAAGUACUGGAAUUAUCAGGGUUGGUCUAGAAGCCAGUUGUUUAUUUUGUACAUAAAAAUAAUAUGGAUUAGGAGAUAUAUAGUGUAUAGAUUCCAAAUGUCCCAUAAAUUUAAGCCACUGAAUAUAAUGUUGGAACAUCA